AUGACCACAUUAAUAUGCGAAUCACAAUAGGUGAUGACACUCCUAUUUGUAGCAGACAAGAUAAAAAUAGCCACAGGGUAUAUAUUUUUUCUCCAUAUUUAAUUAUUCACAUUUAAAUUUACAAAUCUUGUUACAAAUACGAUCCAUACAAUAUGUUUUGUACAUGUACCUGAGUGAGUAAUUCAAUAUCUUGUGUAGGAUGUGAAAAAAAGACUGAAGUUUUUAAUUACCUGGAUAUGUACAUGCAAUUGAUUUCUUUUGCAGAGUUUAAUUCAUAUAAAGUCAUAAAUGUGACCAGUAAGGCUACAUAUUUCCAUUAAUAACAUUCUACACAGACAAGAUGUCGGUGAGAGAUGGUGUAUUUACCCCUAGCCCUACGCCUCCAGCACAUCCUAGGAUCAGACCAGAGGCGUCAGAAUAUGCCCGAAAAAAUAAAACCGGUUCUGAAGACUGGUAUCAUCAUAACAAUAGAUAUGAACAACCAAGAGCACAAGAACGAAUAGUCUCAAAUGAGGCUAGGAGUAAUUUUGAAAAAAACAAAGGACAUAUGGAUACUAUUUUUACUUAUGGUAAUGGAUCAUCACAGAUUGAAAAUGGAACUAACGACAUUCCAGUUCAUGUCAGAAAUGGUGGUAACUCUGAAGCAGAACAAAAUGCAUUAAAAGGGAGGGGGAGAAUAGAUCAGUUUUUUGAUCAGGAAAAUAAUAGGAAUUAUUCUUCUCCACGUCCACAAGGAAGAGCUGUCACAGGAGAUAGUGAGAAAUUUGCCGAAAUAAACAAAGGUUGUAUGUCAGAAUUCAUGCAGGGUUAUGCUGAUCCUCCUGUAGAAAGAAAAGUUCAUCCUCGUGGUGUAAAGGGUGAGGCUUCCGAAACUGCUGAAAAUAAUAAAGGUGGUGCUAUGAGAAACUUGAUAGAAAACUAUGGUAACUUGAAUGUCAAUGAUCAGCCUCAACCAAAGGUUAAAGGUUAUGAAGCAGAGGAAAAUGCUGAGAGGAAUAAGGGAUCUGUGAAUAAAAUCUUAAACACUUAUAUUUUAACACCUGGUACCCCUCCAGCACCAAAGGUGUAUUAUGAGGGACAGGCAAUUCAGGAAAAAUAUCAGGGUAAAGGCAUGGGACCAAUGAUCAGACAGGAAGGUGAAAGGUCAGUGAGGGAGCCAAAAAUCAGCAAAUUACAUCAGCGAUCAGAAGGUCCAGGUUGGGAUGAGGAUCCACCAGCAGUAAGGAUGAGACCAGAGGCUGAACAGAUUGCUGCUAAAUAUAAUGAAACACAGCUCGAUAAAGUUGUCAGAGGAGAGGUGGCUCCACCUACAGUCAGAGAUACUAAGGUCCCAAGACAUCUGAAGGAAGCAGAGACUCCAAGACCACAGACAUCACCAUUAAGGACACGACCAGAAGCUAUGGCUAACUAUCAAAAACACAGAAGCUCGGAAAUGGGGGCCAUUUUAAGAAUGGAAUCAACGUCAGUAAACACACCAAGAAAGUAUAACAGGAACAUGCGUUCAGAGGACUGGUAAAGCUGAUGGGUCUAGUCACAGUUCAUAUACUCAGACAGCUUAAGUUUGAAGUGCUUGCUUAAGAUAUGUUCAAAUAGACAUCUGAUUUUAUGUAUAAUUGUACAUUUAGUUUUGAUUUAUUUUUACCACUGAUGAACUAUAAGAGAAUUCAGUAAGCAGUUUUAUUUGUAUAUUGUAGUCUUUUCACUUAAAAUAAAUUUUUUGAAAUUGCUAUAAAAAAUGUUAAUUUUCAAAUUACAACUGCAGAAGUUAUUCAGUUUCUUUGAAAAUUUGUAUGAGUUUUAAUUAUAAAAAAAUAGCUUAUUGACAUAUUGAACAACUUUUCACUUUUUUUUCUUACCGGUUGAAUCAAUGAUAUAAAUGGAUGAUUAAGCAUUCAAAAGUAAAUGAACAGCAAAAGAUGUAUGAAUUAUUUGAUUUAUUAUAUAUUUAUAGAUAAGUUUGCAUUUUUUUAAUAUCAAAAUGGAAGAGAAUGCAUAGUCCCUAAAUAUCUUUGAUGAGUUUUAUAGGUAUACCUCUAUGUUUUUCUAUAUAAUCCCUCCACAGCCUAUAUCCAGUCAGCACUUUCAAAGACUUUUGAUGAGUUUUAUAGAUGUACCUCUAUGUUUUUCUAUAUAAUCCCUCCACAGCCUAUUGCCAGUCAGCACUUUCAAAGAUUUUUUUACCCUGUUAAAUUGAAUUGUAAUCAUAUUUCACAAACUUUUCAUUAUUAAUUUGCAUUGGAAAAAAUGACAUCAUUGAAUAUUUGCAUUGUAAGGACUUUUUCACUGAAAUUUCAAAAUCAGGAAAUCUAUACUCAAAUAUAAUCUUAUAACUGUAUGUCUCUGUCAUAGUAUUCAUCUUAGUCUGUUUUCAAAUUAUUAAUUUACUUACCAAAUUAUAAAUUUACUUACCAGGAGCAAUGUUCAAAAUAAAAAAGAAAAAAUCAAGUUGAAAAGUGACAUUUUAUUGAACUGCAACAUGUCAAAUGUAGAGUAAAGGUCUGUCAUCAUCUUCCUCAACUGUGAAUACUAUGCCUUCUUAUACAUCACGUGCCUGUAUAUGUACCUAUUAUUUUUGGCUAAGUGGUGUAUGUUGAAAGUUGUCUUGUUGGAUAUAAUAAAACACUUAAUGACUGGUUAUUAUUAGGGUUAUAGCAAGUUUGCUGACCUUUGGAAAUCAACUUUUGCCCUGGUCUGCAUCAAGUUUCAGGGACAAUGAAAUUGCCAUUACCCUCAUAACAGUCAAUAAGUGUAUAAUAUUAAAUUGCAAAUGUCUGCCUUAAUAUUUUUUUUCAAUUUUGGAUAUCUAUCCUCAGUGGUAUAUGUAUUUAAAAUGAAUCUGUUGUAAUUUGUUUGGAAUGGUUUUUGCAUUAUUAGUUAACCUGGUUUUCAAAUCAUGAUUUACUGAUUUGAAAGUAUUAAAUGAAAGGCUAUACAUUAUGAUAUUUCAAAUUAUAAUAUAUAAGGGAUUUUUCUUAUGACAUGUCAUUUCCACAAAAAGAAUUAUAGUAAAUGAACUAUGGUUAGUGACAAAUGGUUAAGAAUCCAAACUCUUACUCGUUUACAUUAAACCUCAGAAUUUUCCAAAUCAAUGUUUUUAAAAUCAUCAUAUUCUUCAAUGUUUGACUUAUAUAUUUUAGAAAUAAUAUAUAUUUUUUUUAUAAAAAUGAUUUUAAGCUUUAAUCCCACCAGAAAUUUGUGAACUAUAAGUAAGAGAUAUUAUCUGUUUACAAUUGUUACUAGAAAACCCCACCAUUUUAUUUAUAUUUAUAAGUACAUAGCCAAUAUAUACAUGAUAUAUUAUAAAUGUAACAAAGCUUGUCAUCUCUGUAUGAAGUCUAGUUAAUAAUUUGCCCCAGUGUUGGGGAUAUAUGCACUGCAUGCAAUUGAUAAUAUUGUUGUGCAAAAUGCAUUAUAAAAUUGUAUCACUUGUUUAUCGAGUCACAACUGUUAAUUAUUGUUGUUUUGAGUACGGACCUGGUCUAAGGAUUUUUUAUUUAUUAAUCAAUGUAUAUUAUGUUCCUAGUUGGGUCUUUUUUUUUCUUUUCUCACAAUUGUAACACGAUUAAGAAGCUUAUCAAACAUACAAAUUGUGUUGAAUGAUGUUUUCUGAAAUUUAUAAGACUCUAAACAAACAUAUUUUAAAUGACUAUAAACAGACUGAUAUGAAUAUAUUUAUGUUUAAUGAUCUCUGGGCACUGUGUGAUUAUUUUGGAAACAGUCACCCAACUAAAAAAAAAUAUGCUUAAACACAUAAUAAAGCUUUGAGUUUGAAAAAAAAGCAUGGUUGGCCCUGACAGUGUUGGAGAAAAGUCCAGUCAAAUGAUAGAAAUUUAAAAAAAAAUAAUGAUUAUAAUAUGUACUUACUUUUAAUUGUGUUGUAUAAUUUUUAAGAAUUGAAUGUAUUUAUUUGAAGUUUAAUUCAUUUGUAAAAACUGCUGUCCAUUAUUUUUUGUUGAGUAUAAACCACUUGCCUGCCUUUAUCAAAAAUGUGAUAUGAUCACUGUUUGUAUGCACAUUUUAAGUAUGUUCAAUACAUCAUACAUUGUUAGUGCCUGUACACUCUAAUUAAUGAACAAAAAAUGCAUCCACAUUAUUUGGUCUCCGUUGGAUAGUUGUCUCAAUGGCUAUCAUACUAUAUCUUAUUUCUAUAUUCAUGUCUUAAAUGAAUUAAUGUGAUUUUAUAAGAUAAUUAUAUAAAUUACUCAAAAAUGAUAAAAAGUUGAAUAAUAUAUUCAAUAAUUAAUUACAACUAGUGCUCACUAUUAAUUGUAAAUUCCGCUAAAAAGGUUAAAACAUCAGAAAUGCUAUAAAAAAGCUACCAUCAAGUCAUCUAUGUAUGAGUGCAAUGGUGAUAUGAACAGUCCUAUAGGCUUGGAAUGACUUCAGCUAAUAUUCCAAUAUUACCUCUCUCUCCACUUUUUAUAUCAUAGAGAUUAUAGUAUGUUCUCUCCUAUUGUGACUUAAAAUUUAUUCUGGAUUCAUGCUUAUUUUACUGAAUAUGUUAAUGUUUGGUUUGAAAAGAGCUGAUUUUUUGUAAACAAAUUUAUUUUCAAAAGGCUGAUGUAAAUGAAAGAUAAAUUUGACAAUUUUUGCUUUGAUUAAAAAUUUACUGUCUUACCAUUUUAAGUGAAUUUACUUUUGGUAGUAAUUUAAGAUUCAAUAUACCAACACUGUUCUUAUACAUAUUUCAAGCCUGUAGAAUGGUAAGUAUGUGAUAUUUUUUCAAUGCACUAUUUACAUUGAUGACUUGUUUGUAUCUCUCUCAAAGUAGUUUGUUUUAAUGUUUUACCUAUGGAACAGUUUGCUUGGAUGAUAAAAAUUGUAAUUUGAUAUAAUUUUAUACAGACUGUAAAUAGAAGAGUAAAACACAUACAAUUAAGUCACAACAAUUUUGUUUAGUGUAACCAAUAUUUUAUUUUGAAAAUAAUAACGUAAACAUUACAAAAUGACAAUUUUAUUGGGAUUGGAAAACAAGUGAAUUUUCACUUUUACAAAUUCCUCUCCCAUAUAAUAUAAUAGUAGAUGGAUGGCAUCAAAAAUAUUUGUUUAACUGAAUAAGAAGCAUUUGUUGACCAAAUUCACAACUGAACUACAGUGCUAUCAAACUACAUAGGUGUAAAUAUAAAUAUAAAUUAACGACAAUUUAAUUUAUACAUAAUUAUAUAUCUCAAUACAUGUAUAUGAAAUUCACACGAAUCUCUUUGUUUUAAGAAUAAAAUCUUGAAUAAUGAGAAAGUUAUCAGAAUUCUCAAUGUCGGACAUCAAAGGAUUACCAUACAGUAAGUUAUGUAUAUUAGGCUGACAUGACAAGUUACUCAGCAUAAACUCUCUAAGUAAUUGGUAUUGCGGACAACGCAAUAAAAAGUGUUCAGAUGUUUCAAUCUGUCUACAUUUGCAAAAAGGAUCAGUAACUAAAUUUUUUCUAUACAAAUGUUCAUUCAGACCACUGCUCUCAGUUCUAAUUCUAGUGUACAAAAUUUGUCCUAGUCUACUACCACUAUAAAAAUAUUUUGGGACAACCCAACAAUUUUGUUUCUUCUAUUACAUUACAGAAUUACAUUCUACAGUAGCAAUUGUUUAUUUUAUUAUUUAUUAAAUACAUAUGUAUUUUUAAAAGGCAUUACCAGUCUUUCAGAUUAGAAAUGCAUUUAUUUGUAGUAAAAUAGAUUUAGGAAUCGAAGUGUCAACAUUAGAAAAAACUUUAGACAGUGCCCAGUAAAAGGUAGUUUACUAGACUUAAGGUAUAACUUUUACUAGUUAACAAAGACUGAUUUAUUUUUAGAAAAAGAAUUCAUGAUUAAUAAAUUGAAAAGGAUCUCAGAAAUGUUUUAAGACUAGACAUGAUCUUGACAUUGAUCACAUUCUUUAAAAUUUUUAUUUGUGACUUAAUAAUAUAAGAUAUAAGAUCAUCACCAGGAGUUAAUUUUCCCAAAAUUUAGAUUAAACAAGGAUUUUAAAAGAUAAAGGACUGAAAUAAAAAUUUUGCUUGUCAUUAGAAUUCAGGGAUUUAAAUCUUACUAGACCUAUUCAUUUUCUGUUGGACUGAAGAUAGGACAAUAUCAAUUCAAAACCUAAUGUUUUUGGAGUAAAAACCCAAAUCCAGGGUUAAGUUCAACAACUAUAAAAAGAAGUAUUUUAUAAAAUAUGGUAGACUUAUACAGAAAUUUUUUUUUGAGCAUGAUGAUUUGAUAUGAACACUAAGAGAAGUACAAAUGUGUAUAAUGGCAUGUACAAAUAUUCAAAUAUUCUGGGUUUUUUUAUAUGCAUUUUUUUAUUGUACAUUAUACUUAUUUCUUGAAUAGUUAUGUUACCUAUACAUGUACUGUAAUGAAUAUCAUCCUGUUUUUCUUCUUCUGUGAACAAAGGAAAAUUAAAACUGUUUAUAGAUCAGUUAAGUUACACUUAGACAGUUUUAUGCAUAUUAUGUAGUAUCAUCAUUGUAUGUCCUUAUGAGGUUUAAUCUCAGUUUUAACUUUUUUAAAUCAUUUAUAAAUUUUAUGACACUUUAUGAUGAGUUAUACUUAAUAUAUAAUGUUAUCAAAAUAAUUCUAUUUUUUAGGGGUACAAUGAAUGGCUUUGAUGUUGACAAGAGUUAUCUCCCAUGCUAAAAUUAUUUAAAUUUUUAUAAGCUUUUUCAUUUAUGUUGAAUAAUAACACUUGGACCAAAAUAAGCACAAUUCGGUAUGUGUUUUAAAGACCAAACUAUUCUAUGAACUUGUAUUUGUAUCAGUAGGAGAAAAAACAAAAUCAUAGUUUUGUUUUAUUUGAAGGUUAAGCUUUCUCACGUUAAUAAAAGAGUGAAUGGAAGGACAAAAUAUAUAACAUGACUCCAGUAAUAUUUGAUGUUUUAUAAACUUCCAAAACAACAUUAGAAUAUUUUGAUAAAAUGUCUAUAGAGAGAUCGGACUUGUCAUGUCUUAACAUGUCCAGGAUUCUGGAAAUGGUAAUUUCAAAUGUGGCACUGAUUCCUUGACAAAAAAUUUCUCCUAUAAACAAAUACAUUAAAAUCACUUUAAAAAAUUAAAGAUAAUGCUAAUAAUAAAUAAAUCCUUUUCAAAUAUCAUGACAUAUACCCUCACAUUAUCAAAAGGGUAAGUGUCCAGAAUUAAACACUUGGGGCAUGGGAGGCACUUUUUUAAGACCCCAACCAACCAUAAUAUAAAACUUUCUUUCAAAAUAUUAAGGAAGAUGCAACCACCCAUAAUUUAUUAAUUUGAGUACCUCCAUGAUAAAUUUUAGAAUAACCUUAAUUAGAAUUUUCUAGGAAAAUUAUGAUUAUGGAAAGAAAUGCCACAUGUUUAGAGAAAUUCAUUUUCUAGUUAAAUUUCUAUGGGCAGAUAAUGGUAUAAAUAAUAUAUGUCUUCUGCAUUAAAUGCAAAUUUUUGUUUGUUCAAUAAUAAAACAUAAAAUGUAUUUUUAACUGUUAAAAGUUUUAUUUCUCCUCAUCUUUAAUGUCAACCAUGAUCAAAUUUAUACGUCCAGUUUUCUACAAUUAACUUAUAUAUUUUACAUAUCAUACAUAUAUAAAUUUUAUUAUCUAUGCAAAUUUUAAAAAGAUAUGUUUAUACAUUUUUUUAGAAAACAAAUAUUUUUGUUUUGUUCAUUCCAGAACAGAUUUAUCCUCCAUGUUGUGAAUUGUUUUGUCAAAUUGUUAUCUGCCAAUUUAGUUUUUGUAUAAACAGAUUUUUCAUAUGCAAAAAAAACAAAAAUGAAAUAAAAAAGAUAUGACAAACCGU